UAAGAUGAUUUGGUUUCCUGGAAGUCACUGCGACAUUGGCUGGUACCUUCAACAUGAACACCAUUCUAGCGAUCUCAGCUUUGCUAUGCGUUGCGCACGCACAGUUGCCAACUUGUCAUCCCUGGUCUCAACACAUCCGGGAGGAGGAAGUCAUUUCUUUGGUGGCGGACAUCGUCGACCGUAACGGUGACAACGUCAUCACGACAAACGAGAUUGUUGUCGGCUUUGCAGACAUCCUCGACAUCAACCUGCCAGUGUCGGAAGGUUUGAUCCUGAGUAUGAACACCCAGUCGCUGAUCUUCUUGGCUGCGACUUUCGGACCUCAGAUCGAGAAAGCUCACUUCGUCCAGAAGUGGCACGAGCGCUUCGGUGAUGCUCCCAACUUCGCCUCCCACACCUUCGACUCCUACGACCAAAACAAAGAUGGGAAGCUGUCCAUGUACGAACUGGAAGAGCUCGAGCAGCGCAUCAUUAGACAGCAAGACGAUGGCGAUGGAAAGAUACAGUCUUCUGAAUUCCGCAGAUACCUGCUCAGUAUUUACGAAACGUGCUAGCCUCUCUUCGCCACCUGGUCUCCGACGCUUACAACAAAUUCUUUCCAAUAUUCUUUGUGUAAAUUAUGUAUUUUUCAAUGCAUACUUUGAAAUAAAACAAAUAAUUUAUUGGCAUAAAA